UUAACCCAAAAGAAUCACCACGGAGGCCGGUCUCCUUUAAUUAUUUAUGUUCGGCCUUUGCCCUCUGAUUCGGUUAAGUGUACAAUUAGUUGCGCCGUUGAAAAUUCAAUCAGUCAAAGUGGAAAAGAAAUCCAUAUGAAAAAGAGAAGUGCGUCUGUGGGUGAAAUAAAAAAGGGACAGGCUCAAAUGAUAACAGUCGUAAUCAAAGGCUUUCGGUUGGCCUUUGUCCUUUGUUGAUUUUGCGGUGAAAUCGUUUUUUAUUGUGCAGCUUAAAGUUGUUUCUGUAAAUUACAGUGCAACACCAAAGCAAGUUAUGAGCAAUAGUUAAAGCUAGGAAAAAAAGAAAGAAAGAGUUAAGAAAAGAAAAGAAGAGAGUUUUUCAAGCUGGAUCAAAGGUGGUUAUAAGGACGAAGAAUCGGGAGCAGUAUCUGCAUGUCAGCAAUAAACCCACCAAGCGGCAAACAAUCGCAUAUUAGCCACAUCUGAUCAAUCACCGCCAGAGGAUCAAUCAGGAUGCUGAGCUCGCUGGACGCGCUGGCCGGCAAAAUAGCCACUGCCACGCCCGGAACGGGGGCGGUGGCGGCGGACAGCAAGAAUACACAGUCACUGCACCACCACCACCACCGGCUGGACUACGAUUACUCAGCGGUGGAGAUCGAGCCGCCGGCGGAGCAGCUGGCCAACUCGCCGCGCAGCGAACGCGAGCGUUUGCAGCAGGCGCAGCAGGCGUACGAGCAGCAGGCCCAGGCGGAACUGGAGUUCGGCCUGGCCGAGGUGGACGCCAAGCUGACGCAGCUGAAGGGCGGGAAUAGCCUGCAGCCGCACCACCCACACAGCCAGCACCACCAGCUGACGGCGGUCAGCCGAACGCUGCAGCGGCAUCCGCACCACCAGCUGCACCACCAUCAGCAUCAGAGCCACCACCACCAUCCCUACCAGCGACCCAGACCCACCUCUCCCCCGCAUCAGCAGCAGCAACAACAACAGCAGCAGCAGCAGCAACAGCAACAACAAUCGUCCUCCUAUCAGCAGCAACUUUCCCAGUUGGCCGCUCUGCAGGAUCACCACGAUCUGCUGCAAUCGCAGCAGGAGCUCUUCCACAAGCAGUUGGCCAACAUGCAGGAGUACCAGCGGGAAAGGGAGCGGGAGCGAGAAAGGGAGAGGGAGCGAGAACGAGAAAGAGAAAGGGAGAGGGAGCGGGAGAGAGAAAGAGAAAGAGAAAGGGAGCAGCGGGACAGGGAGCGGAGCGGAAGCAGCUUCAUCGACAACAGCGACUACGAUUCGCAGACGGAGUUCAAAAUUUGCCUGAGGGAUAGUGCUUUUGGUAUGAGCGAUAAGAGCAGCAGUGCAACAAAUAGCCUGCCAAACAGUCCCAUUCACAGCAACAACAACAAUCCGUCGCUGCUGAACAACAACAACAACGGCUGCACCAGCAACAACAAUAGCUUAAGCGGCGGUAACAACAACAAUCCGAGCUUGGGCAACAAUAACAACGCUCUUGUUCCCGUUGGAAGUAACGGUAUAAUGUCCGCCGCUGGAUUGGUUAACAACAACAACAACAAUCCGUGCAGCGCCAACCGAAAUGUCGUAGCGCUGGUCGAUGAUGACGCAUGCUUCCGGUUGGACACGGACGCCACGGUUACGUACGGCGAGAAGGAGCCGGAUCCGGAUAACAUCAAGAUGUUUGUGGGACAGGUGCCCAAGUCAAUGGAUGAGUCGCAGCUGCGCGAGAUGUUCGAGGAGUACGGGGCUGUCCACUCGAUCAAUGUGCUGAGGGACAAGGCCACCGGAAUCAGCAAGGGUUGCUGUUUUGUGACGUUCUAUACGAGACGCGCCGCCCUGAAAGCCCAGGAUGCUUUGCAUAAUGUGAAGACGCUGAAUGGGAUGUACCAUCCCAUUCAAAUGAAACCCGCCGAUAGCGAGAAUCGCAAUGAACGUAAACUUUUUGUGGGCAUGCUAAACAAGAAGCUAAACGAGAACGACGUUCGUAAACUUUUUGAGGUCCACGGAGCCAUUGAGGAGUGCACCGUCCUUCGGGAUCAGAACGGUCAGAGCAAAGGUUGUGCCUUCGUCACAUUCGCCACCAAACACGCCGCCAUCUCGGCCAUCAAAGUGACCCUCAGCCAAAACAAGAUUAUGGAGGGCUGCACAUCGCCGCUGGUCGUCAAGUUCGCCGACACGCAGAAGGAGAAGGAGCAGAAGAAGAUCCAGCAGAUCCAGGCCAACCUGUGGAACCUGGCCAGCAACAUCAACAUCCCGCUCGGCCAGACGGCCACCAGCGUGACCACGCCCAUUCUGCCCAACCCGCCGCAGCAGCCCUCGCCCGUCCUCGGCGCCGAUGCCAUCACCCCGGCCUCCAUUCAGCUGCUGCAGCAGCUGCAGGCGGUUGGGCUGCAACAGCAGUUGCUCCAAGCCCUCACAGGACUGGGAGCCCAGCAGAGCAGCUCGGCGACGGACACGAGCGCCGUGGCGGCCGCCGGACUCCUGACCCCGAUGACCGUCCAGAAUUUGGCGGCCAUCGCCGCCAUGACGCAGCCGAGUCUUUCCAAUGCCGCCGCCGCAGCAGCCGCUGCCACAUCGCCGGGAAGCGCCCAACUGACCAACACGGCCGCAUUGCUCUGGUCGGAUCCGAACCCACUGGCAUCGGCAUAUAUGUCAACAGCCGCCGGUCUACCGCAAUUCGGCAGCGCCAGUGCAUUGUCCACUUCGCCGCUGGCCAGCGUUGCCCUGAGUGCCGCAGCUGCCGCCGCAGCGGGAAAGCAGAUUGAAGGACCCGAGGGCUGCAACCUGUUCAUCUACCAUCUGCCGCAGGAGUUCACCGACACGGACCUGGCCUCCACCUUCCUGCCGUUCGGCAACGUGAUCUCGGCCAAGGUGUUCAUCGACAAGCAGACCAGCCUGUCGAAGUGCUUUGGCUUCGUGUCGUUCGACAAUCCGGACUCGGCCCAGGUGGCCAUCAAGGCCAUGAACGGCUUCCAGGUGGGCACCAAGCGGCUCAAGGUGCAGCUGAAGAAGCCGAAGGACUCGAAGCCCUACUAGAGGACUCCUGCCACCAGCAGCUGGGUUACCCGGACACACCGAGUAGGAGAACACUGAGAUUUGUGAAAUAUGGAGUAGUCAAUGAAUGAAGAGUUGCCCGUGUAGAGCGCGCGCGUUGCAAGAGUAAACGAAGAUGCGAAUGCCAACGUUGUACGUAUGAUGAAAACCAAAUACAAAAGCUGAAAAAAGACAUGAAAUCUGUGCCAAAAGAAACAGAACCACUUACGAUUUAGCACGUUAUAUGUUGAAUUAGAAAAAACAAACGAACAAAAAACAAAAAAAACACGAAAAAAAGAAACGAAUAUUACAACUUAUAGACCGUAGUUUAGUUAACUUUCUGUUGAAGUUCCCUUCGAACCUUAUCUUUUACGACUUGUUUUCAUAUUUUUAAACUGUCGUACGAGUUGGUUGAACCAUCGCCCUUUUACUAAAUAUUUUGUACACAUUUUCAUGACUCACAAACGAACCGAAAAAAUAAAAAACCAAAAAAAAAAAAAAAAAAAACAAAGAUAUGUUCGAGUGUUAGUUUAUAAGCUUUUGAUAUAUCUCAUUAUUUUAUACUCACUCUCUGUUUGAUUUGUUCAUCUCUCAUGUUGCAAGUCACAAUGAAGUUCUUUAUUACAAAUAUAUACCUACACGAUAUAUAUUCUAGCUAUAGUUACAAGUUAUUCGUUUUGUUAAAUGGAUUAUCUCUUUUAUAUAUACCUACACCUAUGCCGAUACGCAUAAUUAGUUUUUAGUUAUCUGAUUUGUUACGCCCCCAAACUAACACAUUUUUUAUUUGUACUGAAAUGAAAUGUUUUCGUUAACACACAUAAUAAGUAAUUCUAUUAUUAUUAUAACUAGUGGAAAAAGCAAAUACACCUACGCUUUCUUGUUAAUUAUGCGAUUUGUAAAAACAAUAACUAUGCAUACAAAAGACUACAAACCAAAUGAAAUCUACAAAAAAAAGGAAAAAUUUGUUAUUUAUGUUUGAAGUUUCAUCAAUGGAGUUAAUUAUAUUAUUUUUUAUUAGUUUUAAUCACUUGCUACUUCAUCAAAAUUUACACAAAUCUGGUAUUAUAUUAUUUUAUAUGACUCAUUUCGUUGUAAACUUUUUGUUAAAGUUGAAGUUUAUUUGGCUUUCUGUCGUCGCACAUCUUUGAAGUAGAUAGUGCCUUAUGUAGCAUACUUUGUUUAUGUAAAAAUCAUGCACAUAUGUAAACACAUCAUACCACGCAUACAUAUCUAAAUAAAGUUUUGUUCUCUGUUUCAAUGCA